GAGGGAAGUCCCUUCUUAGGGUUUCUGGGGGUUUGCUUCUUUUCUUUAACCUUUCCGUGCUUUUUAAACAGUAAUUUGUGAAAAAUUAGAGCAGAGACAUCUCAUUCUUCUAGUCUGGGGACUGUCCCAGUUAUUCAUGCUGGGCCUCGAUCCCUCCGCUACAAAUUUCCCCUAAUUUUCAAAGAUAAAUUUUUUUUUGGCUCUGCGGGUAACUACUGUGCUGCUAAAUCUGACAGUGACUUCCAUCUUCACCCCUUCUUUAUGGUCCAUUUGUUUAUGAGAAACGAGCUCAGGUUUGUGGCCCAAAUGGUUUCAAUUAAAGGCCAUGCAUGAAUAAGGACAGUAGGCUUCCACGCAGAUAACAGCUUAUUACCAUUUAUUAGUGAAGGGCAAAGAAGUACAAAAUAUGCUGGGGGGAACAAGGUCAAAAUCUGGGUGUGUGGUAACUGCAGAGUCUACUUAUCACUAACAAAGUGUCAACAUUUGUCUGUAUUUGGUUGCUUAAAAGUACAUAUUUUUAAGCAGUGUUUGUUUUAAAUUCCAUUCAGAAUACAGUAUUCCAUUUUAAAGUCAACUGGCCUUAUCACCUGUAUGUUUUACAAACUAAAGUUUAAAAUGGAAUGAGUUGGCACUGGAGCAAGCGCAAUAUAAGUUGUCUGAAAAAAAAUGCAACCUCUGUAAUCUGAAGGAAUGUGAAAGCAGGGGAAGGCUGCAGUGCUUUCACGUUUGAUAAAGUGUAUGUUUAUAAAGAAAUAGUUCAUGAAGCGGUCUGAACCUGUUGGAGAUUCUUUUCAAGUAAGCUCUUGGGGAAAAAUGUUCAAACUAGAUUAAGAGAAGCCACUGUUAAGUUAAAGGCUUCCUGAAAGUAAUAUCCAUCUGCCUGCAUAGUGCAGAAAGCUUUCUGGGUAUAGAAAAGGUCCAUAAUGGUAAGAUGAGUAAAAUCUCUGAUUUAGUUAUUCUUUUCUGUGUUUUAUUCCUCUCUUACCUACUUGUACUCAAUGUUGAGUCACACUUACUAGAUUUUCUUUUAAAAAAAUCCCCCAGACUCUAAAUUGUGACAAAACGAAAUGCUCAGUGGAAGGAAUGCUGCAUCAGGUGGUAGAGUCAGAGUCCUCCUCCUUUUAGUUCUGAGGUGUCACAGGCUUUUUUCAUAGUUUUGAGAUGCAUUAGAAAACAAUAGGGGUUAAACAGGUUUCUGCCACUUCAGACUUCCCUCCUGGAUCCAGAAAAUCCUGGAUUCACACAGGCAGGAAUCUCUGCCUCGUGUCUGUACUGGAGACAUUGUCUUGGUGGGAAUGGCGUUGGACGUGACCCGCUUUGUGUCUGAAGGUGUCCCUCAUUGGUGGACUGAGACACGGCCCCGUACGGACCGAUAAGAAGCCCAGCAUAAGUUUGAGACUGCUGUAGCACAAUCUGCAAAAUUUGACACCUUUCCUAUUGAAUGCUAUUAUCUUUUAGAAAAAAAUGGUUCAGCAAGUUCCAGAAAAUAUAAUUUUUCCAAAAGAGGAAGAGAAGAUAUUGGAGCUUUGGAAAAAUCUCAAUUGUUUCCGGGAAUGCCUAAAGCAGUCAAAGAAUAGACCUAGGUUUAACUUCUAUGAUGGGCCUCCGUUUGCUACUGGGCUUCCACACUAUGGUCAUAUUCUUGCAGGAACCAUUAAAGACAUAGUAACCAGAUUUGCUCAUCAGAGUGGUUUUCAUGUUGACAGAAGAUUUGGCUGGGAUUGCCAUGGCUUACCCGUGGAAUAUGAGAUUGACAAGACGUUGGGCAUUAAAGGGCCAGAGGAUGUGGCAAAGAUGGGCAUUGAAGAAUACAACAACCAGUGCAGAGGAAUUGUGAUGAGAUACUCAAAGGAAUGGGAGUUCAGUGUUACCAGAUUAGGACGCUGGAUUGAUUUUGAAAAUGACUAUAAAACUCUUUAUCCCGAAUUCAUGGAGUCUGUGUGGUGGGUUUUCAAGCAACUGUAUGACAAAGGACUGGUGUACAGAGGUGUUAAGGUCAUGCCUUUUUCCACUGCGUGCAACACCCCACUGUCAAACUUUGAGUCCCAUCAGAAUUACAAGGACGUUCAAGAUCCUUCAGUGAUUGUGAGCUUCCCACUGGAUGAAGACACAAGUAUUUCUCUUGUUGCAUGGACCACUACUCCUUGGACCUUGCCUAGUAAUUUGGCCCUUUGUGUUAAUCCAGAAUUGCAAUACGUGAAAUUGAGAGAUAAUGCCACAGGAAAGAUUUACAUUUUGAUGGAAUCCAGGCUGAUAGCGCUGUACAAAUCUGACAGUGAAUAUGAGAUACUUGACAGGUUUCCUGGCAUUGCUCUUAAAGGCAAGAAAUAUAAACCACUCUUUGACUAUUUUAUUCAGUGCAAAGAUAAAGGUGCCUUUGCUGUCGUAGUAGACAAUUACGUGAAGGAGGAGGAAGGCACAGGUGUUGUACAUCAGGCUCCCUAUUUUGGUGCUGAUGAUUACAGAGUCUGCAUGGAUUUUAAUAUUAUUCAGAAAGAUUCUGUGCCUGUUUGUCCUGUUGAUGCAUCAGGCUGCUUCACAGCAGAAGUGACUGACUUUGCUGGACAAUAUGUGAAGGAUGCAGAUAAGAACAUCAUUAAAUCACUGAAAGAGAAAGGCAGACUGGUUCACAGCAGUAAUUUUAAGCACAGCUAUCCUUUCUGCUGGAGGUCAGAUACUCCGUUGAUAUACAAAGCUGUGCCAAGCUGGUUUGUAAGAGUGGAGCACAUGGUGGAGAAGCUGCUGGAGAAUAAUGCCCAGUGCUACUGGGUUCCAGAUUUUGUGAGGGAGAAGCGUUUUGGGAACUGGCUUAAAGAUGCACGAGAUUGGGCUAUAUCUAGAAACCGGUACUGGGGAACACCCAUCCCCUUGUGGGUCAGUGAGGAUUUUGAAGAGGUGGUUUGCAUUGGUUCAAUGGCAGAAUUGGAAGAGCUGUCUGGAGUGAAAGUCACUGAUCUCCAUCGAGAAAGCAUUGAUCACCUGACUAUCCCUUCACGUUGCGGCAAGGGCUUGCUGCGCCGGGUCCCUGAAGUGUUUGACUGCUGGUUUGAGAGCGGCAGCAUGCCGUACGCACAGGUCCACUACCCCUUUGAAAACAAAAAAGAACUUGAAGAUGCUUUCCCUGCUGACUUCAUUGCUGAAGGCAUCGACCAAACCCGAGGAUGGUUCUACACUUUGCUGGUGCUCUCCACUGCUCUUUUUGGAAGGCCUCCUUUCAAGAAUGUAAUUGUGAACGGCCUCGUCCUUGCCAGUGAUGGCCAGAAAAUGAGCAAACGGAAGAAGAAUUAUCCUGAUCCAAUGAGUAUUGUAAAUAGUUACGGAGCUGAUGCACUAAGGUUAUACCUGAUCAAUUCUCCUGUGGUAAGAGCAGAAAAUCUGAGAUUUAAGGAGGAAGGAGUGAGGGACAUACUGAAGGAUGUCUUCCUGCCCUGGUACAAUGCAUAUCGCUUUCUCGUGCAGAACGUCCAGAUCCUGCAACAUAAGGAUGAGGGAAGAGAAUUCCUUUACAAUGAGAACACAGUUAAGGAGAGCAGUAACAUCAUGGAUAAAUGGAUUCUUUCUUUCACCCAAUCGCUCAUUCAGUUCUUCAAAGCUGAAAUGGCAGCUUACAGGCUCUAUACUGUAGUCCCUCGAUUAGUGAAGUUUGUUGAUAUUCUGACCAACUGGUACGUUAGAAUGAAUCGCAGAAGACUAAAGGGCGAGAAUGGGACUGAAGAUUGCAUUAUGGCCUUGGAAACCUUGUUUAGUGUUUUGUUCUCCAUGUGCAGACUUAUGGCACCAUAUACUCCAUUUAUCACUGAGCUGAUGUACCAGAAUCUGAAGACACUUAUUGAUCCGGCCUCGGUUCAGGAAAAGAAUACUGAAAGCAUCCACUACCUCAUGCUUCCCCAAGUGAGGGAGGAUCUCAUCGACAAAAAAAUUGAAAGUGCCGUUUCUUGUUUGCAGUCUGUUAUUGAGCUAGGACGAGUAAUCAGAGACAGAAAAACCAUUCCAGUAAAGUACCCAUUGAAAGAAGUAGUCGUUAUCCAUCAGGAUCCAGAGGCUCUGGAAAAUAUCAGAUCUUUAGAGAAGUACAUACUCGAGGAACUCAAUGUACGUCAAGUGACACUAUCUACCAAUAAAGAUAAAUACGGAGUCCGGCUGCGAGCGGAACCGGAUCACAUGGUGCUGGGGAAGCGUUUGAAAGGUGCAUUUAAGCUUGUCACGGCUGCCAUCAAAGAGCUGAAGAGUGAGCAGCUGGAGAAAUUCCAGGAGACAGGCACCAUCGUUGUAGAAGGACAUGAACUCCACGGGGAAGAUCUUCGUCUCAUGUAUACCUUUGAUCAGGUCACAGGAGGAUCUGCCCAGUUUGAGGCACAUUCCGAUGCUCAGGUUUUAGUUCUGCUGGAUGUUACCCCAGACCAGUCCAUGGUGGAUGAAGGAGUUGCCCGGGAAGUGAUUAAUCGCAUCCAGAAGCUUCGCAAAAAGCGAAAUCUGGUUCCUACAGACGAGAUCACGGUGUACUACAGAGCACACCCGGAGGGUGACUACCUGGAUACUGUCAUUAAGGAACACACGGAUUUCAUUUUUGCAACAAUCAAGGCUGCCCUGAAGCCUUACCCGGUGCCUACCUCAAAAGAAGUUCUCAUCCAGGAAACAACCCAACUGAAGGGAUCGGAGCUAGAAAUUACACUGGUGAGAGGCGGUUUGUGUCAGCGCGUUGGGCCAGCCUGUGCCUACGUCAACCUCAAAGUCUGUGUGAACGGGGCAGAGCAAGAUGGUGUGUUGCUGCUGGAGAAUCCAAAAGGAGAUAAUACCUUGAACUUCACUGGACUUGUAGAUGCUGUCUCCUGCAUUUUUGGUCUUAAAAAUUCAAAACUGACAGUUUUUAAUGGAAACACAGAGCUGAUAAACAAAACCGACUUGCUCAGUCUCAGCGGAAAGACUCUACAUGUGACAACGGGGUCAGCACCUGCGCUGCUCAGCUCCCCCGACGCGCUGCUCUGCCAGUAUAUCAACUUGCAGCUCAUGAAUGCAAAACCACAGGAAUGUCAGAAAGGAACAGUGGGAACUCUCCUAAUGGAAAACCCUGUUGGUCAGAACGGAUUAACAUUCCAGGGUCUUCUACAUGAAACAGCAAAAGUUUUUGGGCUCAGAAGCAGGAGGCUAAAAUUGUUCCUGGAUGAAGCACAAACUCAGGAGAUCACAAAGGACAUCUCCAUGAAGAACCUGAACACGAAGACAGUCUAUGUCCGUGUUAUACCCACCACAGCCGAAUGUUGAGAAUUCCAGUUUUAUGAAUACGACCACGUAGACUCUUCUCUACAAAAAAUGAAGUCAAAUUCAGUAUGCUUUUAGAUGAACAUCCAAAGCUGUGUAUGGUACUUUCUAACAGCUCAGAUUGCACACAGGAUGUUUUCUACCAGUGCAUGUCUAAUAUGCUGCUCUUUGGUUCAAAUACAAUGUAUUUUCAUUCUGUUAUCUUCUGAUAAAAGCUGUUCAGAGAAAUGUGGGAACUCCUUAACCUUAGAUAUCUAUGCAGAAAUUUGCCUGAAAGAAAUGGAACUAGUACCUCAGUGAUGCUGUUCUCUGCCUGUCCUUGAUGCAGAGGGCGUCCUCGCUUUUCUAAUCCGUGGGUUUCCUACGAGGCUCUGUGAGACACGUACCGUGUUACAAUAGCUUUGGCACUUAUUUAAGGAUUGCCUGGAUUUGUUUGGUCAUACUAGCUGGAUUUUCAUAAGGUGUGUGGCUGUUGAUUUAAAAUACUCCCUAAUUACAACAUUUGGAACAAUAAAUUUGCUUCGUCUCCAAA